CUCUACUUCUAUAGUGUACUCAUAAGCAUUGUUUACUUUCUCCCUCUAAUUAAAAUCUCCUUUCAUCUCAGCCUUUGUAAGAAGAAAAAUAUUCUUGCUGAUAACAACAUGAUGGCCUUAACAUUUCCGUUGGCUUUGCUAGCAUGUCUGGCAGUAGUGUCUAUAACUACUACUCUUGGCGCCGGAGAUGAAGGACUCUACGUCAACAUUACAAUAUUGCACAGCGCGACUGCCAAAGGCGCAGUAUGCCUUGAUGGAAGUCCACCAGCAUAUCAUCUGCAUCCGGGACAUGGUAGCGGGCUGAGCAGCUGGAUUAUCGAAUUGGAUGCUGGCGGUUGGUGCAGCAGUAUCCCCGAUUGCCUUGAUCGUUCACUUAAUUUCUCAGGUUCUUCCAAGCAUAUGGAUCGCCGGGCCUUUUUUGCUGGGGUACUUUCUAAUUCUUCCGAACAAAAUCCGGAGUUUUACAACUGGAACAGGAUGAGGGUGAAGUAUUGUGAUGGUUCAUCCUUCACUGGUGAUGUUGAACAAGUUGACCCCGACAACAAGCUGUAUUUUAGAGGGUCAAGAAUAUUCAAAGCAAUUAUGGAAGAUUUAUUGGGCAAGGGAAUGCAAAAUGCUGAAAAUGCAAUCUUGAGCGGAAGUUCAGCAGGAGGAUUGGCAACAAUUUUGAAUUGCGAUAACUUUAAAUCCCUCUUGCCCAAUGAUGCCAGAGUUAAGUGUGUUGCAGAUGCAGGCUUCUUCAUCAAUGGGAGGACAAUCUCUGGCACUUUGGAUAUUCAAGAGAUGUAUGAGAACGUUGUUGCUUUACAUGGAUCAGCAAAGAAUUUGCCUUCGGCUUGUACGUCUACAAUGGAAGCAAGUCUGUGCUUUUUCCCUCAGAAUGUUGUUCUAUAUAUUCAGACUCCACUUUUUAUAAUCAAUUCAGCCUAUGACUCUUGGCAGAUUAAUAAUAUUUUGGUUCCUGAAUACCUCGAUCCUCAACGUGUCUGGGAAUCCUGCAAAAAACAAAUAAGUAACUGCACAUUUAGCCAGCGUUUAAUUAUUCAAGCUUUUGGACUGGAGUUCUUGAAGGUUUUCGAGGGACUAACCCCUUCUUUUACGAGGGGUUACUUUAUCACUUCUUGUCAUUCUCAUGGCGCAAUCUUGUCGACGAAUUUCUGGUUCAGUCCUACCUCUCCAAGAUUACUUCAUAAGACACUUGCGGAAGCAGUUGGGGAUUGGUAUUUUGAUAGAGCAGGAUUUAAACACAUAGACCCAUACCCUUGUGCUAGAGAUUGCAAGUGAACUUCUGUAACGAAUAGGCUUGCAGAUGUUGUACCUGCCGCUUAUUUGGUGAUAUGUAGCUAUUGAGGAGUAGCUGAUCGUUGUAGUAAAUAUAGUCUUUAUGUAUUACACUUGAGUCCUAUUAGAUUUAGUAGAAGUUUUUAAUUGUUGGGUUUAUCCCAACUUAAUUUUUAACGGGUUUCAAUUUAGUCCAGUUGAGGAAGUUAGAGAUUGUGGAAUCCGAUGCCGCGGUAUUAGCUGUAUUUAAAGGACAAGUGUAGUGAUUUCUGUUAUUCUGAAUGAAAAAUCGUAUCCUCCAACUCUC